AUGAAUAGAAGAAUCAGAAGCAAAUCAUCUUCACCAAAAAGAGAAGAAGGUUAUCACAGAUACUUGAAACCUGGAGCGCUAGCCCGAAUAAGAGAUUCAAGAGCUAAAUCUCAGAUCUCUUUAUUUAGAGUCUCAGCAUCGAAAUUGGGGAUAUCAGCGGCAUCGGUCACAUCAGCAGCAAUAGCAGCUGUUCAGAAUCAUCAGAUCUCAGCUAUAGCUUCUAAUGAAGGUUUUCCUUGUUUUACUGGAAGGAUAUUCAACCCUAGAUGUCCACAAAGGAAGAAACUUGUUGCACCACGGUCUUUUUCAUUUUUGAUUUCUAGUAGUAAUCCAUCUAGUCCAGUACUUUCUGAUUCUAAUAACCCCCUUUCUAUUAUGGAAUUAAUUAGUGCAGAUCUUCUUGUUUCUCAUUAA